UCAGUCUAAAACUCCUUUUCAGAAAACUAAAAUAAAACUCUUGAAGGACUGAAAGCGGCCAUUGCUGACAGAGUGAUUUUCUCCACAGGGAGCUAUUUUGAAUGAAGCUCCUAAAUUGAGAGUUUUGGGGUUCUUGUUUGAGUCCAGAAAAAGGGGUAAAAGGCAAAACUGCAAACUCCCCACCAACCACACAGCUGGAAAAUAUUGCUCCCAGCCCCCUCUCCAGUACACUGUGAGAGAUGGAAAGUAGCAGGGGGAGCACCAGCUGUGCUGGUGAGUGGAGGGCAGAGGAAGCUAUUGCAGGCAACGCCGAAGCUCUUCAAGUUCUGAGAGAACUCAUCACCUAUCCUCUCCUUUACUCUGCUGAAUCUCGAAAACUUGGCCUAAAGUGGCCACGUGGGUUGUUGCUCUAUGGACCUCCUGGAACUGGCAAGACAAGCUUAGUUCGAGCAGUUGUUCAAGAAUGUGGCGCCCAUUUGAUCGUAAUAAGUCCCCAUUCCGUUCACAGGGCUCAUGCUGGUGAAAGCGAGAAAAUUUUGCGGGAGGCAUUUUCAGAAGCAUCAUCUCAUGCAAAAUUAGGCAAGCCAUCAGUCAUCUUUUUAGAUGAAAUAGAUGCUCUUUGUCCUCGUAGGGAUUCUAGAAGGGAGCAAGAAAUUCGUGUAGCCUCUCAGCUCUUUAUGUUGAUGGAUUCCAUUAAAUCCUCAUCGACAUCAGUAUCACAUGUUGUGGUGGUAGCAUCAACCAAUAGACCGGAUGCUAUUGAUCCAGCUUUAAGAAGGGCUGGACGUUUUGAUGCUGAAAUUGAAGUCACAACACCUACUGAGGAAGAGCGAUUGCAUAUUCUCAAGCUUUAUACAAAGAAGCUUCAAUUGGAUGCAAGUGUUGACCUUCGAGCCGUUGCUGCAUCUUGUAAUGGUUAUGUUGGGGCAGAUUUAGAAGCUCUGUGUCGUGAAGCUGCAAUGUCUGCAGUAAGAAAGUGCUCUGAAUCAAAUCUGGACGGUGACUCUUACAGCAUUAAUAUGGAAGAUUGGAAGCAUGCAAGAGCGGUGGUUGGUCCUAGUAUAACAAGGGGUGUUACUGUUGAAAUCCCCAAGGUUUCUUGGGAAGAUAUUGGAGGGUUGAAAGACAUCAAGAAAAAGCUUCAGCAAGCUGUUGAAUGGCCUUUAAAACACUCAGAAGCAUUUGAACGGCUGGGAGUAACACCUUCCCGUGGAAUCCUUCUUCAUGGACCACCAGGGUGUUCCAAAACAACCCUUGCUAAAGCUGCUGCUCAUGCUGCCCAAGCUUCAUUCUUUUCCUUGAGUGGUGCAGAGCUGUACUCAAUGUAUGUUGGUGAGGGUGAAGCUUUAUUGCGCAAUACUUUCCGGAGAGCUCGCCUUGCAGCACCAAGUAUAAUAUUCUUUGAUGAGGCUGAUGUAGUUGCAACCAAACGAGGAGGAAGUUCAAGUGGAAGCAACACAAUUGGAGAGAGACUUUUAUCCACCCUCCUAACUGAAAUGGAUGGUUUAGAGCAGGCUAAGGGAAUUCUUGUUUUGGCUGCCACAAAUCGCCCCCACGCAAUUGAUGCUGCACUGAUGCGACCAGGAAGAUUUGAUCUUGUUCUUUAUGUCCCUCCUCCUGACUUGGAAGCUCGAUUUGAGGUUCUCUGUGUUCAUACGCGAGAUAUGAAAUUGAAUAACGAUGUUAAUCUGAGACAAAUUGCACAAGACACAGAGCUCUUUACUGGAGCCGAGCUUGAAGGGCUAUGCAGAGAAGCUGGAAUAGUUGCUUUGAGAGAGAACAUAUCUGCAACAGUUGUAUGUGAUCGGCACUUCCAAACAGUCAAAAAGUCGCUGAAGCCAGCACUUACCGAAGAAGAGGUUGCUUCCUAUUCUUCCUUCACGAAGAAUCGAUCCGAGAGGUCUGCUCAUUCAUUUGAAUCCACCUCCAAAAAGACCAACAACGAACAAACCAAAAACUUCUUAGUUUUGGCUAGUCCUGUUACAAUUGUUGUCAUUAGUGUUGUAAUGUACAUUGGUGUGAGAUACUUUCUGAUGCCUACUGAAACAUCGACGAGGGAACUAACAAGUACGUAGCGUCCAACUACGUUACUGUUAAUUCCAGCACGUUACAACAUGAUUAAAUUACCAAAAUUUUGAAGACAUUUUUGGUUGUGUAUAACAUGUAUUCACUAGUACUAUGGAUAUAUGUUCCUUUGUUAUAACAAAUGAAUGCUGCUAACUCCUAUCAACAGUAUUUUACACAUUUGGUGUUGAAAUUAUUG